AGAGCACUAUGGCAAAUGGCAAUAAAGCACCCAAGAAGUCAAAUACUAAGCGUAGGCGCAUUACACAAGCGUGCGACUACUGCCAUCAACGCAGCAUUAGAUGCCGGCCAUCAAGCGACAACCAGGGAUGUCAAAACUGCAAAGACUUUGCACAAGAAUGCACCUAUCAUCGAACACCUCGACGACGCGGGACAAAGCCUCGGGAUGAAUCAACAGACCAUAAGAACUACUCAGAAGACGCUGCGCGCCCGCCUCUUAACGCUGCGAAUGCUGGACUGGCCCAAGAAAGUAGCCCUCCAUCCCAUGAUGUGAGAUGCGUACCCAGGCCGCGAGCCGUCUCUGUUCACGACAAUCAAUGGAAGGCACCACAUAUUGCCAGCCAAGCCAGCAUCAUGGACCUAAUUGAGAUCUAUUUCGAGAUCGUUUACCCAAUAUUCCCGUUCUUUCACCAGCCAACGUUCGUUAGAAGAAUCUCUCGAGCAGAGUACACAAGCGAGAAAUCCAUCUUUUCUGUCACGAUGGCUCUUUGUGCCCUGGUCAGUGGUCGCAUACGAGACGGGUCAGUAACGAACCCCAAAUGGGACCUCGAGUCACUACAUAAGAUACAACCAGAAUUGUUCUACGAUGAGGCCAAGAAACAGCUUCUGGAGCUCGCGACAGAGUCAAACAUACACAUCCUUCGAGCGCACGCAAUUCUUGCCAUUGCAGCUAUUCAAAAUGGAAAAACGCGCGACAUGCACCACCAUCUUGGCUCGUAUCACACUCUGGUGGCGAUGGAUGGAUUACAUAAUGAGGCCAAUUGGCCACGCAAUAUUGAUGUCGUGGAACGAGAGGAGAGGAGAAGACUGGUCCGACAUGCCAAAUCAUCGUUCCGGCGACAAUCUUUUGCAGGACGAGAGGAGUGCUGGCUAUCAGGGUGGAAUUUCAUCACAGACUUGUAUCGCGUGCUCGAACAUGCUUUGACGCGGCUCCGAGGCUACAGAAGGCGACAAACCACAAAUUCGUUCUUGGUAGGGAUGUUUGAGGAGGACUUUACUGCUACCAAAGCAUCAGUUCGCGAGAGCGUCUUUCAAAUGUACCUCAACUUGCCGGAUUGCUUCAAAGAAACGCCCCAAAUGGUCUGUAACGUCAAGAAAGAUCGUUUCGGGUUCCAGGCCGCGAAUAUUACUGCCACAUUUCAACUACUGCGCAUUGUCCUCUUCGCUGGUAGCGGAACCAGUAUCGAACAGCGUUGCCAGAUCGCCAGCGAAGUCGUCGAAGCAUUUGUCUCUAUACCGAUUGCUUAUCUGCUUUCUAUCAGCACCCCGCUCCUCCACCAUCUUGGAGGCAUUGGAUCGAUUUUAGGUAAUGUGUUGGAAGAGCCGCUCAGCGAGGCCGACUAUACUCGUGUACGGGGAGUAAUGCUCUCAAUGGCGAUGCUGUUAGAGAACCUGGAGGUCAUUCACCACAGCACCAGUGCGAGCGAGAAGCUCCGAUCACAAGUUUCUCGAAUUGAUGAGUACAUGACUAGACAGCGACAGAUUGCCCCAUCAGCCGCGGUCCUGACAGCAUCUGAAGGCAUGAUAGAAGAAUCGAAAAUGGAGAGUUUCUUGGAGACCUAA